GCAGCUUUGAGUGAGAGGCAGCCAGAAAAGCCAGCGAUGGCUUCGCUCAGGCAGGAGCACCGUUAUGGGCUCUCCUGUGGAAAAAGCAACAAAAGCAGCCUCAGCAGGACGCUGUACCACGUCAAGCUCACGGACACGGCCAUGCGGGCUCUGGAGGCUUUCCAAAACCUGAAGGGAUCUUUAUCAAGUGAACCAUCAAUUUGUUUCAAGGGGAACCAGGGGUACAUCAAGAUCCCAGCUCCCACUCCAGAGUCCCCCUCUGCUCUCCGUGUCUUCUCCUUCUACUUAUCCAGUGACAGCAAAGACCAGCCACAAGCCAGCUUUGACUGCAUCCAUCAGUAUGUUUCAAGCGACCGCCGCGAGCAGCUGGAAGUUCAAGGCAGCAUCCAGGACAAGAUCACCGUGUGUGCCACAGACGACUCCUACCAGAUGACCCGCGAGAGGAUGUCUCAGGUGGAGAAGGACAGCUGGAGCCGCUCUGCCAUUGAGAUCAAACCCGGAGCCACACAGCCAAAUAAGUGUGUCAAGUACCAGAAGAGGCCAGCUCCUCUCUCCACCGUGGACAACAGCUUCUAUAAGCAGUCGACCAACAACCGGAGAAACGGCGGCGUAUCGGCGACGAGCCAGAAGCCUCUGAAGGAGCGCAUCAUCCAUCUGCUGGCCCUCAAACCGUACAGGAAGCCGGAGCUGCUGCUGUGGCUGGAAAGGGAGAAAGCUGGGCCGAAGGACAAGGCCUUGCUGGGUGCAAUUCUUGAGGAGGUGGCAAAGGUCAAUCCCAAAGACAACGGCUACUUGUUACGAGAUGACUUUUACAAGCAUGUGCAGAAGGACUGGCCAGGCUACAACGAGGAGGAACGGCAGCUCAUCAGCAGGCUGCUGACCAGAAAGCUGCACACACAUCUCAAUAAGCAGUCAACAAAUCUUCAAGCAAACUCGUCCGUGCUGAAGACCUCAGAGGAUGAAAGCAUAGCAAAAAACCCUGCAGUGAAACGUCCCGUGCCUUCUGACUCGCUGGAGCGGCUCGCAUUCAAAAGACAAAAAAUUACAGACCAGCGACUGCAACAGCAACCUGCUGGAAACGUAUUCUCCAACAGUAAAGGAGGACACACUAUUGCAACCCCUACCCUCAACCCCAGUUUUCACACAAAGACUGAGUUUCAAAGGACAAGUAACCACCCAGAGGAGCAGAACUCCUUGCUGGGAGGACACAAUGGCUUUACUCCACUGCACAAACUGUCGAGCAGCUCUGGCAGGCCUGUGUCUGAGACCAGGGAGCAGGAACCCAAAGUGAACAGCCUCCAGCCAUCUCAACGGGACGCUGACUGCACCCAGGAGCCGCUCGCCAACGGCCAGCACAGAAAAAAGAAGUCUAAAAAGCACAAGGACAAGGAGCGGGAGAGGUUAAAAGACGGCCUGGACAGUGAAUGGAUAAAGACGAGUCCUGAUCUCAAACAAAAUCCCGACAAGCUCGACAAUCUUGACAUCAUGGAUGUUGUGGCGUCUGAGGAGAAGCCAGAUUACGUGCUCAUAUAUGGCUCCAUAAAAACUCUGGAGCAGCGUGAAAGGUACCUGAAGGACUUCCAUGCAGAGUACGAUGAGUACAAAGACCUCCACUCCCGGAUCGCUACCAUAACGCGCAUGUUUGUCCAGCUGGAGUCGAAGAUCAAGAGCCUGUCCCCUGGAACCCAAGAGUACAAAAUAAUGGAAGACCAAAUACUAGAAAAAUACAACAAGUAUCGAAAGAAGUUCCCAGGCUACCGGGAAGAGAAGAAACGCUGCGAGUAUCUCCAUGAGAAACUGGCGUACAUCAAACAACGCGUCAUAGACUAUGAUGUUUCUACGGCUCCCUCGUAGCACUCAGUCUUUUCUUUUUUCCUUCCUUUCUUUUUUAAUACGAAGAUACUCUUUCUGCUAAGUGUCAGACAAAGCGUUUUUACACAAGACUGAUUUAAAAGGCUUUGAAUGCACUGGCAGGAAUCCACACAGGCUGCUCUGUGGAGCGCAGAUGAUGCUGUGAGCAUUAAUCAUGUUCAGUCUUUAACCGAUUUCACUCUGGACAUUCUACGCCACUUUGUUUUGAAGUUAUCACUUUUUAGAGGUUUCUGAUUGAGUGAAAAGUCCAAAGGAGAAGGCAUGAAUGCAUAAUGGUCGCUUCAAGGAGAUAUGCGUGCAUCGACUUGCCAAGACAGACGACUUCCUUCAUAGUUUGUCAUCCUUGUGGAAACCGGAGUCAGUUUAUGCUGCUGUGUGGGAAAUACGUCAAAGAUAGCAAUGACUUUGUUUUUGAUUCUCAACACUUCAUUCAUUCAUGCAUUUUCUUCCCUCUAUGAAUCAUGAAGACCUCAAGAGAUGUUAAAGUGGACAUUCUUUUCCAUAUCAAAGUUUUCUCAUCCAUAGUAAAUGUUUGAAGCAGUCCAGCAAAUGUCAUCUCACAUUUAACUUUUUGGACUUAUUAUGCAAUUAUGGUGUGAUUAUGACUUGUUUCCACUACAGUCUCCUCCAAAAGAUCAGUUUAAAGCAACAACUGCAUUAAGAUUUGAUUGGAAUCCACGGACGGAGUUUAUUCUGUAUUAGAGAGAAGAUAAUUCUCCCUCGUCAGGACGUUGUCCAACAAAGACCUUUACAAGGCUCCCGCUGUUCUCCUUAAUUGAUCGGGUACGUGGUGUUUUCUGAAUGGAGCAUAUGAGCUCACGCACUCAACUGGGGCUCUUUUGAACCAGCUGGAUCUAAUGAGCAUACAUAAUUAAUCAACUGGUUGAACACAUCCAGAACCUGCUGCAGUGGGUGGAGGGAUUGCUCCUUCUCCCAAAUGCACUUGUGUGUAUUUUUAGUAUUUAUUAACCACAUCUCUCUUUGAUUUGAACGACUGGUGAAUGGACCAAAACGCUUCAACAAUGUUACUCGAGCAGAGAGACUAGUUUUAAGUAUUUUUAACCCACUGGAAAGAAGUGUCUUUUAUUGCAUAAAGCUACUGAUGUAUUUAUUUUUCAGACAUUUUCCCUUUCUGCUUUCCUCAGCUUGUAGCAUUCAGUCCUGCUAGGUUCAAGUGUUUGUAUCAGAGCUGCUGGGGGAGUGAGGGGGGAGAGGCUGUGAGCAGAUAAAAAGGUAUCCUAAUAUAUUUUGUGUUUUGGCUUUGUCUGGGUGCAGUCGUCGAGACCCUCGGGGUAAAGGUUGCCUUUGAGGCCUUUGAAUAUGAAUGGAUUCGCGUUGCAGAGAGAGGUCAGAGCAGCCAUGACUCCCAGCACAUGAGCUGUGUUUUCCAUUGUUCACAUGUACACUUAACGUAGAAGGCCAAAGUUGGUACCAGACACAAAGGAUGCUGGUACGCUAUUAUUGUACAGUUUUGUUUUUUGUUUGUUUGUUUGUUAUUUAUACUACAUGAUAAUCCUUCUUUGAGAGUUUGAGAAAUGCUUCUAAACUCUUGUGAAGUGAAUGAUUUCAGGCUCGGCCCUCCACGCUUUGAUUUCAGGAAGCUCCAACUUUGUCCACAUUUCAUCUAAUUGUGGUAUCUGUGUAUCUGAUAACACUAUCCAGGAUGGUUUCAUAGCCUUCAGUUUCCAGUGUGACUAAUCAGAGCCCAUGCAGAUUGUAACUGUUCAUUGUGGCUUUUUUUUUUUCUUUUUUGCUUUUGUUUUUGUACUGAAUGUUGUCUCACAGUCGGUGACAUUGAAGCCUUAAGAUUACACUUUUACAGUACAAGAUCUUCAAACUGCCAAUUUCAAGGAGUCAUAAUCCACACACAUCUCAUUAUCUGCCUUAUAUCCCUGCUAACUGUCACAUUUCCAACCAUUGCAAUGAUGCCAACAGUAGCUCUGUCUGCCUCUUUAUCCGUGAUGUAAACAUGUUGUUAGGGCUCAGUGAGGUGGCGUUCUCAUCUGUUGCACUCAUAAUCCUUCUGGUACUUUUUUUUUUUUUUGUUUGUUUUUUGUAAUUAAGUUAAAUGUUCAGGUAUUUUAUCACUUAGAAUAUCACUGACUUCUCUCUGCUGCUGAUAUUCAUACUGACAUCUCAUCUCUUUCUCUGAGUAUUUCCAGUGGUUUCUGAAACAUUUGAAGCACAAAAAUGAUCAUUUUCCAGGUGAAAUUGUCCAAUCUCUUUCAAGCAGUGGAUGGUAAUUAUAAGGUUUUAAAAAGAAAAUGAAUACUCGAGUCAAAUGGUUGAAGAUCAUAAUUAUCUCUGCGUUAAUAAUUUGAUGGAGCCUAUAAUUAUAUAUUUGGCGAAUGAAUCACUUGUUUAGCACACAUUUUAAACAAAAUCAUUGAAUGGAUUUUAUUCUUCUUUGUCAUUCUUAAUCACAAUCUACAGGUUCAUAAGGUGUUUGGGAUUUUAUUAUUAUUAUCAUCAUCAUCAUUAUUAUUACAUGGAGGAGCAGUUGCAAAGCAUCAGCUUGUGUGUACAGUAUGUGUUUCUAUCUAGAGCGCCUCCGCUGAAGGGACAGGCGUCGGUCACAGAGGAGUCAGAGUACGCACCAUGAAUUUCAUCUCCAGAUGUGUACCUUCUUCUGUGCUGUUCUGAAAAUUUCAAAAGAAUAAAAAUAUCAAAGUUAUCUCCAGGCUCAGAAGUUUU